UCUUUGCUGUGUCACAGGCUAGAACAGCUCGUUCUUCCGAAUCCCAUAGAGAACCGAAAAAACAAAAAUCCAUCUUUUAAGACGAUGCAUUCCUUGUCACAGCGCAUUCUAUCCCCAAAACCAAAUCUUUUUCUUGACCCAAGAAGGGACAAGUCAAAAGUUCAUUGUGAACCUAAUUUGAUUUGCGGCGUUCAAUCGAAUUCCGAGACAAAAUGUCAAUCUUGAAUCCCGGGGUCCUUGUCAGGCUUCUUGAAGGCAUGAAAGGGAAGGAAAUGGCCUGCGAAGAUCGAAAAGCUGCGCUGUUACAAAUCAGAAGCAUAAUGCCUGUCUUGUCCGAAGGGGAGCUCUGGCCUAACGGGGGAUUUUACGUGAAAGUUUCUGAUGCUUCACAUGCCAUGAAUGUUUCUUUGCCUCAAGAACAAGAUGACUUGAUUCUAUGCAACAAAUUACAGCUUGGCCAAUAUGUAUAUGCUGAUAAGAUGGAGCCGUCGGAUCCUGUUCCGGUGCUCAAAGGUGUGAGGCCCAUUCCCGGCAGAAAUUUGUGCAGUGGGGCUCCUAACGAUCUUGUUCCUCUGGAAAAUCUGGUGGAGAUUUGGGCAGCAUCUGAUCCUGAAUCAAUAAAAGAAAUAAUUGAUUCUACAGAAGAGAAACCAAAGCAGUCUGUGAAUACUUCAAGGGCCAAUGUAACUAGGAAAAAUUGUGGAAGAGCAGCAAAUGGCGUAUCAAGAAAAUGUGGUGUUGGUAGGACAUUGUCUGAUCCGGAUGGUUUGCUUGGAUGGGACAAAAAUAGUGAUUCUGAUAGCACGAUAUCGUCAUGUUCGGAGACUUCAACCACAAAGAGAAGAAGCUGGAAUGGAGUGGACAGCACGAGAACAGAUAUUUCGAAAUCUCGGAUUCUCAAGCACAAAUUAAAGUCCAUAUCAAUCAGCCAUGACCGUUGUAGACGUGUUUCUCCAGUCCAAUCCCUGCAUGAGGGCUCUUCUGACAGAUCAAACUCCAAAGUGAUAAAUAAAAAUAUCAGUGUGGCUACAAAAUCCAUCAGGACAUUUAAGAGUAGGAACUCAGGAACACCAAAAAAAGGUGAAGUUCCCCUGGAUCCAGCAGCAUUGUUUAGUGCGGUACUAAACAGAACAAGAACAGAAGACAAAAUUCUAUGGUCCUCUCUUCCCUCAGCUUUAAUGAAGCUAGGCAAGGAGGUAUUAGAACAAAGAGAUGCAGCUUUGCUUGCUUCUGUGGCGGCUCUUCAAGAGGCUUCUGCGGCUGAAAGAUUGCUGAAAUGCCUCGGUGCAUAUUCAGAACUUCAGUCAUCCAAUUCAGAGGAAGAGCAGCCAUCAGUUGAUAAGUUUUUUAAGCUUCAAGAUGACAUGGCUCACAGUCGACUAGUUAUUCAGUCACUGAACAAUGCUACUCCAACAAGAGCAGCCGAAAUCGAGCCCAAUAGUGCCAAUUCCACAAGGGAAGCUUUUAAGCUUGCAUUAGAUAGGAAAAGAAAUGCAAGUUUGUGGAUUAAAGCAGCUAUGGCAUCUGAUCUAGUUCCAUUAUCUAUGACCGCAAGAUCUGGCCUUCCAUCUAUUGAAGCCACUAAAGCUUUCAAACGGUCUUGUGUUGGAUCUGCUGACAGUGUGCCAACAAGAAAGCACAAGAACUAUGAGGUAAUGAGUGGGGUGACAUCUGAGAAUCACAAACUUGAAUGGUCAAAAGGAAGUCCUUCAAGUGCAACAGCUGAUUUAGCCAAUGCCCUGCAAGAUGAAUUCAGAACAUUGUUUCUGGCAUAUGUGGAGCGGUACUUAGACGGGCUUAAGAGCCAAUUCUCCAUAGAGUCUAUAUCAAAUAGCCAGACAAUCCAUGUGAUGCGUCAGAUCAAAAGAGUGAGUGAUUGGUUGGACGUCAUGGCGAAAAAGGAGGCUAGUUAUGCAAAGAUCGGAUGCAGAGGGAGUUCCGAGUUGGAGGAUCCAGAAUUCGAGGUCUACAGCAGGGUUAGAAACAAAAUUUAUAGGAUUCUGUUGAUGCAUAUCGAGAAAACUGCCCUGGCAUGGGAAAGUACGAAUACAGCUGCAGAAACUUGAGUGCUUCAACAAAGAAGCUGCUUUUGACUCCUGUAGCUAGAUUGAUGGGCUUCCAUAACCGGAGAUAAAACUUCAUGUAUCUGUUAUCCCCAUUGCAACUUUUGGAAUGUUGGGGAUUGACACCUUGUUUGUUUUUGCACAUAUGUAGCAGAUGUAAUUAUCUUCUCCUGCUGACUGUAUCUUCUUCCAUUAUGGAAUCGCUCAU